AUGGCUUCGUUACCAUUGCUUCUUGAAACUGCUUUCACGGCCCACUAUGUGCUUAUUCUCGUUGUCUUUCUACCCACUGCAUGGCAUACAUGGGCAUCAUACUCCAAGCUCGCCGAUUUCAAAGGCCCUCUACUGGCCAGAUUCUCAAGCUUAUGGCUUACUUCUGCAAUGUCAUCCAAGAGAGCGAACCUACAAUUCUACGAGGUCUCUCAAAAAUAUGGUGAUCUUGCUAGAAUUGGACCAAAUACUCUCUUGACUUCUGAUCCUGAAAUGAUCAUAAGAAUGAGCUCAGCUAGAUCUAGAUACACUAGAUCAAGGUGGUACUCAGGACAGAAACUAGAAGUCGACCAUGACAACUUGUUCUCGACGAUUGAUGAAGCUACCCAUAGUAAAAAGCGAGCACAACUGGCUACUGGAUACUCAGGCAAAGAUAUUGAUGGACUCGAAGCCAUGAUUGACAGCCAUGUCAUCGAACUCAUGAACCUCAUCAGAAGGAAGUAUCUCUCUGACGGGUCCACGUUUAGACCAAUGGACUUUGCUCGUAAAUCUGCGUUCUUUACCAUGGAUGUCAUCACUGACAUAGCGUUUGGCCGUAGCUGGGGUUGCCUGAUAGCUGACGAUGAUGUAUUCAAGUGGUUCGAAUCCUUGGAGAUCAUCAUGCCAAACGCUAUAAAGGCAUCAACAAUUCCAUGGCUCUCAUCUCUGUUUGACAUACCAUUUCUGAAGAAACUUGUUGCACCUUCCGAGAAGGACAAGAUAGGCCCUGGAAAGCUGAUUGCUGUUGCCAAGGAAAUCGCUCAGAAGAGGUUCGCGGAGGAGAAUCCCGGGAGGCAUAGAGAUAUGAUGGGGUCUUUCAUUCGACAUGGUAUCAAUCCCACAAACGCUGCCUCGGAGGCUAUACUCCAAAUAAUUGCUGGCGGAGAUACCACGGCGACAACAAUUCGAGCCACCACCCUCUUCGUUAUCACCAAUCCCCAGGUUUAUAGCACUUUGCAGUCCGAGAUAGACUCAUCAGUCACUUCAGGGGCCAUCAUAUCUGAUGUAGAGGCACGACAGCUGCCUUAUCUGCAAGCUGUGAUUAGAGAAGGUGCUCGGAUGUGGGUCCCUGCUACGGGUCUUGCGUCCAAGGUCGUUCCUCCUGAGGGCGAUACGAUAAAUGGCCGCUUUUUGCCUGGUGGUACAUUGAUAGGGAAGUCAGACUGGGCCAUUCAGCGUAGUAAAGCCAUAUAUGGAGAGGACAGUACAAUAUUCAAGCCUGAAAGAUGGCUUGAGGCAAGAGGUGAACCAUUGGAGAAAAUGGAAAGGACUCUUGGCUUGAUAUGGGGUCAUGGGAAGAAUUCUUGUCUGGGAAAGAAUAUCGCGUGGAUUGAGUUGAACAAAGUCUUCUUCGAGCUAUUCAAAAACUUCGACAUAACCAUAGCGGAUCCAAGUAAUCCAUGGAAGAGCCUAAACUAUGGAUUGUGGGUCCAAAAAGAUAUGUUCGUCAAAAUCACGCAGCGUAAAAUGAGUUACUAG